AUGCGCCAGAGCAUAUCUGAUCUAGUUGGACAAGUACAGAAUAUGAGGGCGGAUGCCGCGCUGGCGACGAAUCUGGCGUUGGCAUUUGCCGAUACUUGGGACCAACACACCCGCACGUGCAUUCCACAUUUGCGAGGCGCAAAAACAUUGGUGUGUCAGGUAAUCGCCGCCGGCAUGCAUGAGGGUGUUACCGAUAAAGAGCUGGAUCGCAUCCGGUUCCUCUAUAAUACCUGGUCCUAUAUGGACGUAAUUGCGCGACUCACUUCUUUGGACGAGUGUGGUCCUCAAAACUGGGAUUCUUCAAUUUUUGAGAUUCCGAGUAAUCUAGUCCAUAAAAUUGAUCCAUUGAUGGGAUGUGCAACUACUCUAUAUCCUCUCAUGAGUCGGGUAGCGGAGCUGAUCCAACAUGUGCGGAAGAGCUCCUCGAACACGGUGUCGGUUGUGGCUCAAGCUGUGGAACUCAAAGCUCUUGUUGAGCGAUGGGAGCCGCCUCAAUGGUUUGAGCCCCCAGCUGAUCCAAACUCCGAGGUACAGCAUAGCAUUCAAGUUGCACAUGCGUAUCGCUGGGCCACCUUGAUGUUCCUGCACCAGGCCGUUCCAGAGAUACCCUCUGAGCCAGCCGACAAAUUAGCAAAGAGGGUCCUGAUCUUGCUUGCCACAGUUCCUUAUACCUCGCGGACUACCAUCAUCCAGUUGUUCCCUCUUCUAGCAGCUGGCUCUGAGGCUGACACUGACGACGAUCGAAAAUGGGUAUUGGAUCGAUGGACCACAAUCCAGUCUCACUUAAUGCUCGGUGGUGUAGACCGCUGUUUGGAGGUAUUGAGGGAAGUCUGGGAGCGCCGCGAUGCAAUUAAUACCAGAAGAGAGCCUGAAAUGGCUAUCUCGCGAAGUACCGAGUCUUUUUCAUCAGGACACCAGGAGAAAAUGAGCUCAUCAUUGCCUAACGAGUUCCGCAAGUACAGUCUCAAUGCUUCCCACGAGGGCCUAAUAGGAAGAAGACCAGUGCAACCUACAUCGACGUUUGCGUGA